GUGAAGUAUUCACCAUUAUUCCAUAGUAAAAAUGGAUAUGAAGAGCAAAAAAGCUCUCCGAUGAACAUCAACAUGAAUCAAGAUUCGACAACAAUUCAGAAGACUGAAGAAAUAAUCUAUCCCCAGAGGGAGAAAGAGAAGGAUGAUCUAUUGAAGGAAGCCUUUAAUGAUCAGAAUAAGAUGAAAUGAGAGCCUCAAUACCCAAAAACAUUUAACCUCCCAUCAAUUGUUAAUUCUAACAGAGAAAGUAUUGAUAAGGAUAUUCCAGUGAUUAGCAAUGCUCCAAGUCGGGGUCUAUCCCCUGAAAUUUCAAAGAGAAGGAUUGUGAAAGGACUUCACAAUUAUGAUAAUAAAGAGAAUGUUUGAAAUGAAAGUUCCAAGAGUAUUGAUUUAAAUCUAAAUCCAAUCACUUGAGAUAAAACUGGAGAGAACUCUAUCUACUCUGGACAAGACCAGAGCAUUCAGAUGGCUCCACCUAUUGAUGAUAUAGAACCAUUAGAGGGUACAUCUCUUUUUGAAUCAGUUUAUGAACUUGAAAAUGACUCUGAUAAGAUCAAAGAGCACAUGAAAGAUGAAAUGAAGCUAUUUAAUAUUAAUUAUGACAUCAAGAAUAAGGAAACUUUAGAGAUAUCUGAAUCAGACAAAGAGGUGAUCUAUAACCCAACAUUUGAAGAUAUCUUUGAAUAUGUGAAAUAUGUAGCAUUCCAAUCAAAAAUGGAAGCUGAAAUCCCAAUUAUUUCUCUAAUUUACAUCGACAAGCUGUUCAUCAAGUGAAAAGUCUUAAUGAAUGUUUAUAAUUGGAGGAGAAUUGUGCUCUGAACUCUCUGUAUUGGGUCAAAAAUAUGGGACGAUGAUUCAUUAGAAAACGUGCAUUUCCCAAAAGUGAUGUCAGACAUAACCCUGAAAGACAUCUCCAUGCUUGAGAAAGCUUUCCUAAACCUCAUCAACUAUGAUGUGAUAAUCAGGGGGAAGGAAUAUGCAAAUUAUUACUUCAAAAUGACUUCUCUAGGAGAAGAAAGCAAGAAGAACCCUCCAUGGAGGUUGAUGAACCCAACAAAUGUAAUGAAGAUAGAAAAUGAGAGUCAGAGAACCCAAGAGAAACUUAAGAAUAAAUACCAAUAA